AUGCCGGAAACAGCGACCAGUUCCCCAGUGGAAGAGCGCCCGCUCUCCCUGGCCCGACACGACUUCGCCCUGCCCUCACCGGGCAGCGCCAGCCGUUCCUCAUCAGCCAGCCGCUACGACGCCCAAUUGGGCUACCAGCAGGUGCCUCUCCAGAGCACCAUGAGUCACCACAGGGAGAGCUCCGCCUUCGUGCCGGUGGUACCCUCGCGCAACGUCCACCAGAUGAUGUACGCCGGCGACAUCCACCCCCUGCUCGGCGGCGAGCUGAUGCGCGAGUCCCGCGACCGCUCCGACGGCGGCAAAUCCGCCGCCGACGCCGGCGCGUCCCCCUUCCCCCGGAAGCCCUCGUCCUCCGGCUUCGACCUGAUGGCCAUCAUGGCCGACAAGCGGAAGGAGCUGCAGUUCCGCGAGGAGGCGGUGUGCGUGGCGGCCGCCCACGCCGCCCUCAUGCUGCCGCACCGGCCGCGGCCGCCCGCCGGGAUGCUGGAGCCCGCGGGCGGCUCGCAGGGCCAUUCGUACUCGGGGUUCCUGCCGACGUCGCCGGCCGGGCCGGCGUCGUUCUCGUUUCCCGGGGGCGGGGCGCUGUUCCCGCCCGGCCCGCCGCAGAUGCACGCGCAUCUGGACAGGAGGCUGCUGAGGGCGCCGGGACGCGCGUCGCGGCCCAAGAAGCAGUUCAUUUGCAAGUACUGCAACAGGCAGUUCACCAAGAGCUAUAAUUUGUUGAUACACGAGCGUACUCAUACGGAUGAAAGGCCGUAUUCCUGCGAUAUUUGCGGUAAAGCGUUCAGGAGGCAGGAUCAUCUUAGAGACCACAGGUACAUCCACAGCAAGGAGAAGCCGUUCAAAUGCGGCGAAUGCGGCAAGGGCUUCUGCCAGAGCAGGACGCUCGCCGUCCACAAGAUCCUCCACAUGGAGGAGUCGCCCCACAAGUGCCCGGUGUGCAGCCGAUCCUUCAACCAGCGGUCGAACCUCAAGACCCACCUGCUCACCCACACCGAUCACAAGCCGUACGAGUGCAACUCCUGCGGCAAGGUGUUCCGCAGGAACUGCGACCUGCGGCGGCACGCCCUCACGCACGCCGUCGGCGACGUCCCUCCCGAAGGACUCGCCGACGGCUUCAUGCCAGGCAAGUACCUUUGCCCUGUUUUAAUCCUAGGAAUUGCAUAG